GAAAAUUGGUAUUAUUAACAUCUUUUCUCAAAGUAAAAUCCUCCAUCACUAACACAAUGCUUUUGAUCCGCCGUUCUACGUCCAUUAUUUCCAAAAUCCGACCAUCAUUCACCCUCUAUCAUUUCCACACCUUACAAUCCAAAACCCCAACAAAUCCCACUUCAUUUCCGGGUCAUCAAGCCCCAAAAAACUCAAACUUUGACCAACCAAUAGUCAACCAGGCCACAGUUCUUGAAACUUUGACAUGUUACAACAACGACUGGAAACGGGCAAUUGACUUCUUCAACUGGGUCGAAUCCGAAUACGGGUUCAAACACACUAUAGAUACAUAUAAUCACAUGAUUGAUAUACUUGGUAAGUUUUUUGAAUUUGAACUUGCACACCAACUGUUUGAUAAAAUGCCUGAGAGAGAUCAUGCUACAAUUCGUGUUAUGUUUAAACGGUAUGCUUCGGCCCACCUUGUUCACGAAGCGAUUGGGGUGUUUGAGAAGUUGGGAGAGGUUGGUAUGAAUGACGAAACGUCGUUUUUGAACCUUGUUGAUGCUUUGUGUGAGUAUAAGCAUGUGAUUGAAGCUGAGGCAUUGUGUUUAGGGAGUGAAAAGGAGAAGAUUUUGGGGUUCGAGAUUGGUACGAAAGUUUAUAAUAUGAUUCUUCGUGGGUGGUUGAAAAUGGGGUGGUGGGGGAAGUGUAGAGAGUUUUGGGAACAAAUGGACGAGGAUGGGAUUGCAAAAGAUUUGUAUUCGUAUUCGAUAUAUAUGGAUAUACAAUGUAAGAGUGGGAAGCCUUGGAAGGCUGUUAAGUUGUAUAAGGAAAUGAAGAAGAAAGGGAUUAAGCUGGAUGUGGUGGCGUACAAUACAGUUAUGAGAGCGGUUGGUGUUUCUGAAGGUGUUGACGUGGCUGUUCAUCUUGGUCGUGAGAUGCUUGAGUUGGGUUGUGAACCGAAUGUUGUUACUUACAACACGAUAAUUAAGCUUUUGUGUGAAAACGGGAGGGUCAGGGAGGCGUAUAAGGUUUUGGAUAAAAUGUGGAAGAGAGGGUGUGCACCGAAUGUGAUAACUUAUCAUUGCAUUUUUAGGUGUCUAGACAAGCCUAAUGAGAUUCUUGCAUUGCUUGAUAGGAUGAUUGAAAGUGGUGUAAGUCCGAGUAUGGAUACGUAUGUAUUGCUUAUAAAGAAGUUUGGGAGAUGGGGUUUUCUUCGACCAGUUUUUAUAGUUUGGGGAAAGAUGGAAGAUCAUGGUUUGAGUCCGAAUGAGUUUGCUUAUAAUGCUUUGAUCGAUGCAUUGGUGGACAAAGGUAUGGUUGAUAUGGCAAGGAAAUAUGAUGAAGAGAUGUUGGCAAAAGGGCUCUCAGCUAAGUUAAGACCGGAGCUAGUGAAGGGAGAAUGUGAUGAUGGAUGAUAUUUACUCGUGUUGUUUCCAAGGGUGAUCUUAUCCCCGCUUCCUUUUAUCAAUUAGGGAAAUUCCUGGCUGGGAAUAAGUUUCAAGUAUUGUAAUAUCCAUUAGAAACGAGAUUGAUACUAUCUGAAAGCUACAUAUUCGAUAGAGUUCCUCUAAUGGAGAGAGACCUAUGGGAUAGUUAGAGGUGGCCUUCAUGGUUGGAAGAGAGGGAGAAGCUGAUGACGUUAUAUGAAAAGAAUAUGACUAAAUUGAAGAGCAGCCUGGAAGGAACAAAUCAAGUCAGAGUAUGCCUUUUGGUUACUUCUCCUUACAGAAAUGAAGUGACAGCUUAAAGCUUAAACUCAUGAAGAUUGAAGAUCAAGUGGUAAUAGAUGAUGAAACAAAAGGAAACAAUAUCGCGGCUUCAAGGGAUGCAAGUAAUCAAAAGCAUCAAAUGGUUUUAAACAAUAUAUACGAGCUUCUUGAAUGUCCUGUAUGCACUACCUUGAUGUCACCACCGAUUCCACAGUGCCCAAAUGGCCAUACAUUAUGCCCAAUAUGCAAAAUCCGACUGUAAAGUUGUUGCCCCGUAUGUCGUGUUGACAUAGGUAGCAUAAGGUGUCUGGCUUUGGAGAAAUUAGUGGAGCCAACUUCCUUAUGAUUGUCCUUACGCUUGGCGCCCUGAAUGCUUAGUCAGAGGUAAUAUUGCAGAAAUUGUGACACAUCUCCAAGAUGAUCACAACGUUCGCACGCAUAAUGGAUUUAAAUUCUUUCAUAAAUAUGUUCAAUCUCUACUCUCACACGAAACCAAAAAUGCCACUACGGGGAUCAGAUGUGUAGUUAAUUGCUACGAACGACAAUUGUGUUAUCACUUCGAAGCUUAUAUCAAAGACGUACAUGAAGGAUCCAUUCUACAUAGUAUUCCUGCGGUUUAUGGGUGACAACUCUGAGGCCAGGAAAUUUAGCUACUCCUUAGAAAUACGGGGAACUAAUGGUCGGAAAAUGACUUGGCAAGGGGUUCCAAGGAGUAUUCGUUACACUUGCCAAAAAGUUUGUGACGAUCUAGAUGGACUUGUGAUUCCAUGGAAAGUAACUCUUUUGUUUUCUGAAGGCAACGCGGAAGAACUUAAGUUACGAGUUCAGGCGCGUAUUUGGAUAGAAACGCAAGUUAUACGGCUCUAAUUUUAUACAGUAUAAUUUUCUAUUUUUGGGGGCAUGGGUUUUAGAAAUUUAAGGUAUAUCGAAUGAAAUUGAUAUAAACAUUAUCCAAUUUGUGGGUAGAUUUUAUUUUGGUUUCACGGCAUGAAAAUGUAUUAAACCAUAGCCAAAGGUCUAUAUACACCUUUUUAAAAUUACUGGUUUAUACAUUUGGGUA